AUGGGCGUCGUUGAGAAAGGCAACAAAAUUUUCGUCUCGGCCGGCGAGAUCGACAAGAACAAGGUCACUGUUGAGUGGCAGCAGAACACCAAGCAACGUUCCCAGGAGUAUCACACUGUUCCCUUCUUCAAUAAGAGCCAGGGGGAUCAGGAGAGCGUUCUCUUCAUUCAAGCCAAUUACCUUGACGCUUUCAAGAAGAAGCAGGUUGCUGGCGAAUCGGAGUUCACUGUUGUCGUUGACACCUCUUUCCAGUACGGCCAGAAUGACGAGAAGACUACACGCUGGCUUGUCUACCAUGACAAGAGCAUGAACGCCUUCCAGUGGCGAUUCGUUGCGAGUGUCAAGUCCAAGUUGGGCAAUUCGCUGAGCUCGUUUGCUGGUGGCGUCUUCAAGAGUUUCACUGGGGUCGACAUCGGGAGCUUGGCUGCGCUCAUCGGCCACCCUCUUCGAGACUUUUGA